UGUGAGUCACAUGACUUUGCUAAACAAGAACUGCUUGGAAAAUGGCAGCGUUCUUACAGUGGAGACGUUUUGUUUUUUUCGAUAAAGAAACGGUGAAAGAUCCGAGCGAAAAUGAGAAAAAUUUCCAACUACCGGUCGGAAUAUCGGCCUGUGAUUCAGGUCGAGGACACAUUGUGUUGGGAGAUAUGGACGGGCAGAUCUGGUUUUUGACUCGCUCCCUGCAGCUGUCCAGCUUUCAGGCUUAUAAACUGCGCGUGACACACCUGUACCAGCUGAAACAACACAACAUCCUGGUGUCUGUGGGGCAGGAUGAGCCUGGCAUCAAUCCUCUGGUGAAGGUGUGGAACCUUGAUAAGAAGGACAGCGGCAGUCCUCUCUGUACCCGGAUAUUCCCUGCCAUACCUGGAAACAAACCCACUGAAGUGUCUUGUCUCAGUGUUCACGAAAACCUCAAUUUCAUGGCUAUAGGUUUUACAGAUGGAAGUGUUGUGCUGACGAAGGGUGACAUCACCAGAGACAGACACAGUAAAACUCUCAGCCUCCAUGAGGGCAACUGUCCAAUCACAGGCCUGGCUUUCCGGCAGGCUGGCAAAGUCACAAACCUGUUUGUCGCCACCUUAGAAAAAGUGCAGUGCUACACAUUAUCAGUGAAAGAGUACCCUCGUAUAGAACUGGACACACACGGCUGUGCCCUCCACUGCUCGGCGCUCACAGACCCCUCGCAGGACUCACAGUUCAUAGUGGCUGGAGAUGACUGUGUGUAUUUGUACCAGCCCGAUGAGAGAGGACCCUGUUUUGCUUUCGAUGGGCACAAACUUCUGACUCACUGGCACAGAGGAUACCUGAUUCUGGUCACACACAAUAACAAAUCACCCAGCAACUCUGAUUAUGGCAGCAGACAGACAUCCCCUACAGAAAAGCACAUCCUUACCAUUUAUGACCUUGACAACAAGUUCAUCGCGUACAGUGCGGCGUUUGAUGACGUCAUUGACGUUCUGGCAGAAUGGGGCUCUUUUUAUGUCCUAACGAGGGACAAAACAAUGUAUAUGCUGCAAGAAAAAGACACACAGACCAAGCUAGAGAUGCUGUUUAAGAAGAACCUGUUUGUGAUGGCCAUUAACUUGGCUAAAACUCAACAUCUGGACAAUGAUGGUCUGUCUGAGAUUUUCAGACAGUACGGAGACCAUCUCUACGUCAAAGGGGAUCAUGAUGGAGCUAUUCAGCAGUAUAUUCGCACCAUUGGGAAGCUUGAACCCUCAUAUGUAAUCCGUAAAUUUUUGGAUGCACAAAGGAUACACAACUUGACAGCGUAUCUGCAGGCCCUCCACAGGCAGUCGCUGGCCAACGCUGACCACACUACUCUACUGCUCAACUGUUACACUAAACUGAAAGACAGCUCCAAGCUGGAAGAGUUCAUAAAGAGCAAUGAAAGUGAGGUGCAUUUCGAUGUUGAAAUUGCCAUCAAGGUGUUACGUCAGGCCGGUUAUCACAGCCACGCCGUGUUUCUGGCAGAGAGACACAUGCACCAUGAAUGGUAUCUAAAGAUCCAGCUAGAGGAUUUGAAGAAUUAUCAGGAGGCUUUACGCUACAUUGGAAGGUUGCCAUUUGAUCAGGCAGAGAGCAAUAUGAAGCGUUAUGGAAAAACUUUAAUGCACCAUGUGCCUGAAAGCACUACCAUCCUCUUAAAACGCCUUUGCACCGACUAUCACCCCAGCAAAGACUCAACCGACCGGGACAGCCUAGACAGGACUGCAGAAAACAAGGCCAAUCCAGAAGAGUUCAUCCCAGUCUUUGCCAAUAACCCACGAGAGCUGCGAGCAUUCCUGGAACACAUGAUCGAGGUGGAUCCGUUCUCACCUCAGGGAGUUUAUGACACUCUGCUAGAGCUCAGACUACAGGACUGGGCACAUGAGCAGGACCCAGGGAAGAAGAAAUUCCUGCAGGAGGCAGCACUGUCCCUGCUGAGGAGCGACAACACUGUGUUUGACAAAGCCCUGGUGCUCUGCCAGAUGCACAACUUCAAGGAAGGAGUGCUGUAUCUCUAUGAAAAGGGCAAACUGUACCAGCAGAUCAUGCAUUACCACAUGCAGAAUGAGGAGUACGGGAAAGUCGUGGAGGCCUGUAAACGUUAUGGGGACAGUGAGGCGUGCUUGUGGGAACAGGCUCUGGGCUAUUUUGCACGCAAAGAAGAAAACUGCAAGGCCUACAUUAGUGAAGUCCUGCAGCACAUCGAUGAAAACAACUUGAUGGCUCCACUUCUGGUGGUGCAGACUUUGGCUCAUAAUUCCACAGCAUCUCUGUCAGUGAUAAAAGACUACCUGAUAAAUAAACUGGAGCGGGAGACCCAGCAGAUUGAGGAAGAUGAAAGGAAGAUUCGACAGUAUAGAGAGGAAACGGCCCAUCUUCGUACUGAAAUACAGGAACUUAAAACCUGUGCAAAGAUCUUCCAGAAGACUAAGUGCAGCAUGUGCAACAGCCCACUAGAGCUGCCAUCUGUGCACUUCCUGUGUGGCCACUCUUUCCAUCAGCACUGCUUAGAGAGCUUUGCAGAGAGCGAAGCGGAGUGCCCCACCUGCACCCCUGAAAACAGGAAAGUGAUGGACAUGCUGCGUGCGCAAGAUCAGAAACGAGAUCUGCAUGAUAAUUUCCACAGACAGCUCAAAUGCUCCAAUGACGGCUUCUCAGUCAUCGCUGACUAUUUUGGCCGUGGAGUGUUUAACAAACUCACUCUGAUAACUGAUCCUCCUGGAGGAAAGAGUGGAGCUGGGAAUCUAGAGGCUGAAUUCAACAGAGACCUGCUCAUUAACACCAAGAGGAAUGUUUGAGAGCUGGACUGGAGUUCAUAUUAAAAUAUGAAGUCUGACAAUGGUCAGCUCCAGUAAUGGCUUGAAUGGCCUUUGAACAACUCCAAAUGAACCCCUGCAACUUCUCUUCUUGGUGUUGAUUUAUUUAUAGGCCGGACUGUGGAGAGCAAGAUGACAGUUUGUUCAGAAAAUCUCACAUCUGUGUAGUCUGCCGGAUCAGCAUAAAGUGGAAAGUAUCAAAACCACAGUGGGUGAUGAUAACAUUUAAGAUCUUGCACUUCAAGACUGUGACCUUUUCAAGCUUUGAAUUCAGUUGCCAUAGGCACACUAUAGAAGACUUGCACAACUUUUGCAUCCCUUAAUAAUUUAUGUAUAAUAUUUAAUUAGUAUUGCAACCAUUUACUAGUACAGAGAAAGCAACUAAUCAAUGUCAAAUGCCUAUAAAAGUGUCUUUAAUAAACAUAAAACAUUAUUGACUUGAAAAUUACAUUGUAUUCUGCUGUAUCAUCUCAGAUGUUUGUUGAGAUCUUAAUUUGUCAUGAA